CACCUUGUAGAAUCUAAACCCCAUAAACCCUCUCAUAUGUAGAAGAAUCAGAACUCCAACAACGAAAAACCCAAAUGAAAGUCUAAAAAGAUGACAUCUUUAGCUUCCAUCUCUAAAUCCUUAACAAGGGUUGGUUCAGUUGGUGUUAAUGGUGGUUGUAAAAACCAUUUAUUAGCUCCUUAUUAUUCAUAUGCCUUAUAUUCUACCUCAUCAGCCUUUGCAACCCCUCAAACCAAUCCCCAAUCUCAAGGUGUUAAUGUGGUAGAACAAAAAAGAAGAUCAAAUUGGACAAAAUGGUUACUUUUUGUACCUGGAACUCUCUCUUUUGGCCUUGGAACUUGGCAGAUCUUUAGAAGACAGGACAAGAUCAAAAUGCUAGAUUUUAGACAGAAGAGAUUGGAAUUAGAGCCGAUGAAGUUUAAUGAAGUAUCCCCAUCAAGUGAACAAUUGGACACUUUGGAGUUCAGAAGGGUUGCUUGCAAAGGUGUUUUUGAUGAGAAGAGGUCAAUCUUUGUGGGUCCCCGUUCUAGAAGUAUAUCUGGAGUGACCGAAAAUGGCUACUAUGUCAUUACACCCCUUAUGCCAAUCCCCAACGAUCCUGAGAGUGUGCAGGCACCAAUUCUUGUCGGCAGAGGAUGGGUCCCUCGUAUUUGGAAGCAAAGAUCCUUGGAAAUGUCACAUGAUGACGAACAGCCUUCAGAUGCAUCAUACUUGUCUGCCCAGGAGAGUAAACGAACCUCAUGGUGGAGAUUUUGGACCAAGAACCCAAAAGUUAUACAGGAGCAAAUCCCGUCUAUCAUUUCUGUUGAGGUUGUUGGUGUGAUUCGAGGAAGCGAAAAGCCUAGCAUUUUUGUUCCAGAAAAUGAUCCAAGGUCUGGCCAAUGGUUUUAUGUUGAUGUUCCUGCAAUUGCCCGUGCUUGUGAACUCCCUGAAAAUACCAUCUAUGUGGAAGACAUCAAUGAAAAUAUUAAUUCAGCGUGUCCAUACCCUCUUCCAAAGGAUGUUAAUACGUUGAUACGCAGUUCAGUCAUGCCACAAGACCAUCUAAAUUAUACAAUGACAUGGUAUUCUCUAUCUGCAGCUGUCACAUUUAUGGCAAUCAAGAGGCUAAGGCCACAGAGAUAGCAUAGCAAGGAUGCAGGAAAAGAAAUGUACAUUUACUCAAUUUUUUGCGAGAUCUAAGGAGCCAGAAGAUAUUUUAAUGCAUCGAUCGCAUUAACUGAACGGAACUUCAUUUAUUUGGUCUAUUUAUCGAGGAAUGAUUUCCUGACAACUUUUGACGUUGCUGGUAAAUCGAGCUUAAUGACAAAUAUUGUGUUAAGCUACGAAAAAAGAACUCAAAGGAGUUUCAUUGCUGCUGCAAGUUUGAUUUUUUUUUAUCAUGUUAAUGAUAAAUAAUGACUUUUUAUAUUUCAAAUAUGAUUCCUUUCUCAGUGAUGGAGUCAGGAUUACUAUAUUAGGAAAGAGAGAGCAUUUUUUGGAACUUGGGGGCCAAAUUGCAAUAAACAUCAAUAGUAUAUUGUGAAUCUUUUUAAAUUUUUGCCUUGUCUGUACUUGUCUGUAAUAAAAAAGAAAGGCCCUUUUUCCAUUUUUA